GUUGUUGUGGUUGCUGCUCGGCCUUCCGCCCGCGCUACAAGCGGCUGGUGGAUAACAUCUUCCCGGCCAACCCUGAGGAUGGCCUCGUUAAGUCGAACAUGGACAAGCUGAUGUGGUAUGCCAUGACGUCCCCAGACAAGCUGGACCGCAUUGGGGACUACCUUGCGCAUAGGCUCUACAGGGACAUCAACAGGAGGAAAACAGGCUAUGUCAUAAUCUCCAUGGAUGCCCUCGACCAGUUGCUUGUGUCGUGCCAUGCCAACAACCUCAACCUCUUCGUCGAGUCUUUCUUGCAGAUGGUGCAGAAGUUGCUGGAGUCGACCGAGCCCAAGCUGCAGCUGCGGGCUACCCAGUCGUUUGAAAAGUUUGCCAACAUCCGUGAAGACACACCUUCCUACCACCGCCGCUAUGACUUCUUGGUGAGCAAGUUCUCGUCUAUGUGCUAUGCCAGCGAGGAUGAGGAGGUCAUGCGGAAGCAGCUACGCACAGCUGGCAUCAAGGGCUUGCAGGGUGUUGUACGGAAGACUGACUGGGACAACCUCGGCGAGAACAUCUGGCUUCCAACGCACAUGGAGAAGAUCGUUCCAUCACUCCUGUACAAUAUGCAGGGAAACAAGGCAUAUGUGCAUGGAACGACCCAGAUCAGCGACACCCAAGACAACCACCAGAAUGAGGGUGAGAAAGAGCCGCACGAAUUGGCUGAAAUGUGCCUGAGGGAGCUGGUUUCGCGAGCUACCUAUGGCAAGAUACACAACGUCAUUAAGCCUUUGCUGAUCCACUUAGACUACGAAGGGCUGUGGGUCAACAACAGCUUCGCAGUGCAGGUCUUCAAGAUUGUCAUGUACUCCAUACAGGCUCAGUACAGCAUCACGGUGAUAGAGCUCCUCAUGGCGCACCUCAAUGAGAAGAGCAGCGAGCCAGCACAGAUAAGGACGGGCAUUGCAGACGUGCUCUCCAAGGUGAUUCCGAUUGCUGCGGGAGAAUGCAUAGGCCCUUCGGUCAUUGAGAUCAUCAACUCCCUACUGGAACACAUCCGUUCCUCGGUUGUGGGUGGAGUGAGCGGAAAGGAGAGCUCAGCGGAGAAGAUGUACCAGGAGACGCUAAUCCAUGCCCUGGGAGAAUAUGCCAACCACCUGCCCGACUACCAGAAGAUUGACUCCAUGGUCUUCAUCCUGAAUAAGGUGCCAGGUAGCGACCGAGUGGAUGACGGAGGUUCCCAGCGACCCGAGGCAGAGGUCAAACUCCAGCAUCUGCUCCUCAAGUCACUACUCAAGGUGGGAACCAAGUACACGACGGUACAGUACUCGACCACCUUUGCACAGUCCUUCCUCGUUCGCCUCAUGCGUCUCUCGGUCUCAAGUGACGCGGAGGUCCGUCUCACGGUGCAGCAAAUUCUCCACACACUCAUUGAUCGCCACCAGAACAUCGAGAAGCUUGCCAAACCGACCCUCGAGGUUAGCCGUUUGGGCCUGACAAUGAGCAAGCCGGUGCGUCAAGACGUCAACUUCUGGAAGAAGUCUGGCAACGAGAUCAUGCUCUCCCUCCAAGAGAAUUGCGAGUUCAGCAACAACCGCCUGGUCAACAUUGAGGCCAUUUAUGCCACCCUCAUGCUGCUCAUGGCCGAAAUUCGCUCCGAUGAUGUCAUGGUGGACAUCCUGAGGGUCCUGUUCCACGUGCAGGGCGUUGCACAGAAUGGCACAGUGAGUGGACCGCAGGGCGUCCAGCUGCAGGCGCUGGUGGCAAGCGUGAUGGUGGUCAUCUCCCACCUGGUGCCCACGCUCAAGGACCACGUGGCGGCCGUCAUCAAGAAGAGGUCCGAUGAGGCGCCACACCUGCUGCCUGAGAUCAUGGCCAGCUAUGAGUCUGGACUGCCAUGCCGCGACCUCCCGGAGGACCUGCUCUUCGACCACUCCAAGGUCCUUGAUCUUCUGGCCAACACGAACCUUGACGAGAAGCGAUUAAACACGAGUAUGGCGAGCAUGAUGCGAAGACACUCCACCACGCAGCACACGUCUUCCGCCACAGACAUCAACUCCAUCAGUGUGGAAGUGGACAGUGCCUGCUCUUCGCCAGGACUCCCCAGGCGCACCCUAGAGGAGGAGAUCACGUUUGAGUCGCUGAAGAAGGUGCUGACGGAGAGUCCAGAGCAGCGGCGCAAAGCGGAGGAGGAGCGCCGCAAGCAGAUCACAGAGGCCUUCAUGACGGAGUCGUUCGAGGCGCUCGUGGCCAAGAUCCAGGCCAAGUCCAAUAAAGGUUGA